ACUAUAGGAGGUCUAUCUAGUGACCUCUAUAACAGUGGAAUCUACUAUACUCCACUACAGAAACUCUGGUACUAUGAAGUUUUAAUAACUGAUAUAGCUGUAGACUCUAAUAGUCUGGGACUAGACUGUAAAGAGCAUAAUUAUGACAGAACAAUAGUAGAUACAGGAACGACUAAUAUGAGAUUCCCCAAGCGUGUUUAUAAAUCCAUAUUAAACCACAUACAACAUAAAGUCCAGAUCAUGGAGCGUCCAUUUUCUCCGUCAUUUUGGAGUGGAGAUGAAGUAAUGUGUUGGGAAGAUGCUAUGUUACCAUUCCAAGUUUUUCCUACCAUCUCUCUUUCAAUGUAUCACAGUGAAAAUUCUUUAUUUAAACUACAUAUACCUUCCGAAUGUUCUUUGUUGGUAGAUGACAAGUUAACGUCUGCUCCCAGAUAA